CUCUAGUAAAGAAUGCAUUGGCUAUGUUGGUACCAUUUUUUUCUACUUUUGAGAAAAUGACAUGAAUCGUGUUGAACGUCUAGUCCUAGUGAUUGUGAAAAGCAUAAUUUGCAUAAUUUUCUAGUUUAAUCGUGUUGUGUUACUAAUAAAGUUGUAAGAUGUUGUCAAACAUAUCCGAGAAGAUUCAGCAAGAAAUCGUAUCUGAAAAUAAGGACUUCAAAGAAGUUAUCAUUGACGUAGCAGAUGGAUUCAAGCGAUGUGGAUUUUUCAAUGAACCUGAUUGGAAAAACGUGCUACUUCAUGGUUUCGAAAGGAAAAGGCUUGGUCUAGCAAAUGGUGAAAUACAAUACAAUACGACAGUUCAUACGUCCGUGUUGUCCGACGAUUCGUUUAUAAAAGGACUCACGGCACAAUCCACUCCAGUUGCCACAGGUCGAACUGGUAAACAGGCAACUCAAACGUCACGGAAUAAACGUGCCUUAAUAUUGCCGGGUAAUACUAGACAAUCGGACGCGCAAAGAACGUUUAAAAGGGCGAAAAGUUCAGCGGACGAAAUCGAAGCGGCAAAAAUUUUAGUCGAUUUGAAGAAAACCGAUUGGACACAAAUUCUGCCAUCUGUAAACGAAGAACAAAACGUAUUCCCGUUCGUGAACGUCUUCGAAAAUUCCAGACGAGUAGUUCGACUUACUAUACCUCCUCUUGCGCCGCAGACGUCUAUCUUGCGUGAUCAAAACCAAGCGACUGCUAGCAAACCAAUUACGAAGCGUCGAAAUGCGAUUUAUAUACCAGCAACUCAGCAUUCAACGGAUCCUGUUCCGAAUGCCCAGCGAAAGCAAGCCCCAGUAACAGUAACACAACAAGUGUCAAAGGGUUCGAAAUCCACUAAUGCAGGUGCGUUACCGUUGAAUCCGGCGGACAAUGGCGUUCUCACAAACGUAACGAACAGAAGAUUGACGCGAAAACAAUCGCAAUUGCUGGCCGCUUUCUCACGCUCAAAUUCAGCCCUUGGCACUACUUCGACCAGCAUUGCAGAGCGACGUGCGACUGCCUACUUUCAGCGUACCUCUGUUUUGUUUACAAUGGUCGAUACAGCAAAAUACAAGACCAUCCUGCACACAUACAACAUUUUCGUUGCGGACACCAACGAGAAAUACGACUACGUAAUAACCGAACGGAUAUGUCGCUCUCCGAAGUUCUUGUCCGCUGUCGUGAGUGGCAAACCAAUUCUAUCCGUUGAAUGGUUGCAUGAACUUGACAAACAGAAAAUUUGGUUGGAUCCAUUAAGUUACUUGCUGAAAGAUGACAAUGGUGAAAGAGAAUUCGGCUUUAAUCUCUCAGCUACACUGCUGAAGGCGACAAACAAACGAUUAUUUGAGAACUAUUCGAUAUUGGUUACUCCACACACUACCAUCAGCCCGAACUUAUUGAAAGAUGUAAUUUUUAGCGGUGGUGGGAAAUAUUUGAAGACAUCGUUGGUACCACGGCGCGGUGACGAAAUCAUAUGCAUCUCUGACGGGGCUGACAAGAAAAUGUGGCCGACCAUUCUGCGAAAAUAUCCGACGCUAAAGAAAAUCAUCAGUCUAGACGGGUUCUCGAAAAUGAUUUUCAAAUACACGCAUGACGUUAGCUCUGCAGAUAUUCUCCAUCAAAUUUAAUUUGCUAUCCGAAAUUUAAUUUCAAUAAAACUUUGAAGAAACCAGUUUUC